GUUGGGCUGACGGGUCGCGGGCGGAUACGCUGCUUGAGCGGACCGACACGCGGCCUUCUGAGCCUUCCCGGUCUCCCUGCUCCCGGCCUCCACUCUUCAGCUCAGCCAUGGCUCCCAAAGGCGGCUCCAAGCAGCAGUCCGAGGAAGACCUGCUCCUUCAGGACUUCAGCCGCAACCUGUCGGCCAAAUCGUCGGCGCUGUUCUUCGGGAACGCGUUCAUCGUGUCUGCCAUCCCCAUCUGGUUGUAUUGGAGAAUAUGGCACAUGGAUCUUAUCCAGUCAGCUGUUCUCUACAGUGUGAUGACCUUAGUAAGCACUUACUUGGUAGCCUUCGCAUACAAGAAUGUAAAAUUUGUCCUCAAGCACAAAGUAGCACAGAAGAGGGAGGAUGCUGUUUCCAGAGAAGUGACUCGAAAACUUUCUGAAGCUGAUAAUAGAAAGAUGUCCCGGAAGGAGAAAGAUGAAAGAAUCCUGUGGAAGAAGAAUGAAGUUGCCGAUUAUGAAGCCACAACAUUCUCCAUCUUCUACAACAACACUCUUUUCCUGGUUCUGGUUAUUGUUGCUUCUUUCUUUAUACUGAAGAACUUCAACCCCACAGUGAACUACAUUUUGUCCAUAAGUGCUUCAUCUGGACUCAUCGCCCUCUUGUCUACUGGCUCCAAAUAGACCGUGUAGCUUGGCCCCCUGCCUUUGUAUUUAGGGGUGGCCUGUGGUACAUGGGAAAGCAUCAGGGUGGCCAGGUUGGGAGACAAAUAAGAUGUUUUUAUAGUCUAGAGUUUGAGGGUUUAAAAAUGCAGUAGAAUAUAAUUCAGUGUUUGUUUAUUGGCUCUUUUUGACAGAUUGUUGAAAUUAAAUGAAUUGAAAGGGAAACUCAGAGUACCAGGGCAUUUAUUAAAAGGCAAGAAGUCUUGCAAUGUGCUCUAAUCAUGAGGAGAAAAUAACUUGUUUCCUACAUCUGUCAGAGGUCAUGGUAACCUGGACUGAGCUGUUAUUAUUUAUAAUAGAAGGAAGUUAAUAACUGGCUCUCUGUGUUCCAAGCACAAUAUUACAACUUUUCGAACUGUAAAUCUUAGAGCGAAUCCUCUUCCUAAGGGAUUAAACAGAAGCCUCAUUUUUUUUAACCAGGCUCCAAAUUUGUAAUUUAUAAUAACUCAAAGUUAAAAACAUGGCCUCCAAUUUGAGGGAGGGAAAGUUGCAGAAUCUUUUUUUUUUAAAGAAAGGCAGCCAAGGUGGUAACCUAAAAAUAGUGCCCAGGCCUGUGAGUGCUGGCCUGUGAGGCUAAAGCACACACUGUUCAGCUGUAUGGCUUUGGCCCUGGGUGGCCGGGGAGGUCAGCUUGACCCUGCCAUGUUGGUUUGAUGUGUGAAGUCACUGGGAUCAUUGUUUCUUUGACUAGGCUCUCAGCACCACGGGCAGAAUAUUAAGUGAGAGGGUAUUUUUAUCUUGAUUAUUGACACAUGAGAGACCAGGAGAAUUUUUGUGAACUUAGCCCUGGAAUUCUUUGAACUCUCCAAGGAAUUUACAGUGGUUUAAAAUGGUUGUCAGCAUUUUUCCAUGAGGACUUUAAUAAAUUUAGCCCCUUUUGCUCAAGGUUCCUUUCAAUUGUGAAAUGCUGAUCACAUUAAUUUUUCAGGGGUCUAGCUAAGAGAAGCCUCAUGUUGUAUGGUCAUACCUCUCAUGUCUUUUCCCUGUCCCAUUAUGUACAGAUUAUAUCUUUGUGUGCUGUGACUUCACAGUUGGGAAAAUGCAACACUAUGAUCACUGAUUUCAUAUUCCUAUUUGCUGUUCACCAUACCUAGGAACUUUCUGUAAAGGGCACCUCAAAGGAAAAUAUUACUAAUAUGUAGUUUCUGCUUUUAAACUUAAGAGGAACAUAUGACCCUAUUUCUAACUGUAAAGAUAUUUACAAGGAAUAGAGCUGUUUCUGUGCUGGUAGAUGUUUCUGUGAUCUAUGCUAAGACCUUUAGGAACUCAGGAGGAGUGCGCUUCUAUAGUCAUGUUACUCCUUAUUGUCUGAGUUGAGAAUCAGUUCUUUUCAGUGAUACAUUGUUAUCUGAGUGCCAUUUCCAGGUAAUGUGGAAUGAAUAGGGAAAUGAGAAGAGAUUCAAAGCAAAGUAUACUUCAAUAACACAUAUGAGGUAGGCUGUUUUGUUGUUUUAUUUGAAUCAGUAUUUGGCUGGUAACUUUGUGUACCAGUGCAUUUAUCUAAAUAAAAUGAUAAUUUGAUACACCAUCAAGUUACCAGAGCUGAACCAAACACCUUCUAAGUGACUGCUAUGAGCUUGCCACUAGGUGGCGGUGCCUGUAUCGAUGGGGAGAAAGUCACCAUCAUUAUUGGACAAUUUGGUUAGAAGCUCAAGAAUGGUGAAAUAGGGAUGCCAGCCUCAAAUUUUUAAUUUUAAUUAGUAACCAAAAGUUUGUUGGGAGAGUGAUUAUGCAGUUUUCUUUUGUCUUGAAUGUUUCCUGACUCUGUCUUUGUUUUUAACUCUCAAAAUGUCCUCUUAACUCUGUGCCACCAAAUUUCUGUGUGUGAAGUCAUGCAGCCAUAUCAUUAGCUCCCUUUAAGGAAUCAGUGUAUCAGUCCUUUAAACUUAGAAGUGUGGACUCUUCUGUAAGCUCUUCACCACUGAGUGUUGCAUAUAGGACUAUGAAGUGUUCAGUAAGACAUAGACAGUGAAAUCCUGUGGCAGAGUUUAUACCAUAAAAAGACCCCAUACAUCACACCAGUAAAAUAAGUCAUUCACAAUGCUCACAUUCUUUUUUUUCUCAUAUGUGUGAUAGGUAGAAUCUUAGUGUUAAGAAUUUUUAUUUCAUAAUUUACUCAUUUACAGCUUAAUAGAAGUCUUGGAUUUACAUAUACAACUUGUCCUGUUUGGUAUAAUGUUUUAAUUUGGAAAGUAUAAUUUGAAGUUAACUGAAAUAAUGGAAGUUAAAUUUAUACUCUGCAUUUUUAAAAAACAUCUUGUUAUUAAUAAGUAUGAUUAAACUUUGUUUUUAAAAACGUG